AUGUCAAGUUCUGAUAAAAGUGAUAAAGUCCUGGCAACUGCCUUACAAAGAAGAAAGAGAAAGAGAGAUAGUGCAGCUACGUCAAAACCACAAACAGAAGACAGGCAAAAAAAACAAAGAAAGAAGCCUGCAACAAAACGAACAAAGAAGGGGAAGGAAGUAGAAGAAGACAAACCAAAAACAAAGAAAUACUUUACUGUUCGAACAACUCCUAAGCAGUUGUUCACCCUUGUCAGUAGUUUAACCGAGGAUCAGCAUCAAGCCGUAAAGGAUAUAGGAUUUGGACCAUUACUAGACAUCAAGCUGACUCAUUGUGAUGCAAUGUCAAGUUCUGAUAAAAGUGAUAAAGUCCUGGCAACUGCCUUACAAAGAAGAAAGAGAAAGAGAGAUAGUGCAGCUACGUCAAAACCACAAACAGAAGACAGGCAAAAAAAACAAAGAAAGAAGCCUGCAACAAAACGAACAAAGAAGGGGAAGGAAGUAGAAGAAGACAAACCAAAAACAAAGAAAUACUUUACUGUUCGAACAACUCCUAAGCAGUUGUUCACCCUUGUCAGUAGUUUAACCGAGGAUCAGCAUCAAGCCGUAAAGGAUAUAGGAUUUGGACCAUUACUAGACAUCAAGCUGACUCAUUGUGAUGGUGUGCUANAAGCUGACUCAUUGUGA